CGGCGCCUCCCUGGGUGUUGUGGUGAUUGGGGGCUUUCGGGUGACCCCGGCCCAGCGCAGGCCGCCUGUGGAGCCGUCCGGUCCCAGCAGUGGCCCCUGAGCCUCCCUGUCUCUGUCAUUGGCCGUCAGCCAGCAGGCCUGGCCGCCCCCCAGCGGGGAGAACAUCUCCUCAGGGCCAUGUCGAGGCCGAGCAGCGUUUCCCCGCGGCCGCCGGCUCCUGGCGGUGGCGGGGGUGGCGGGGGCGGCCUCUCUCAGUGUGGCCCUGGGGGCGGCGGCCGGGCCAAGGGGCUGAAGGACAUUCGUAUAGACGAGGAGGUGAAGAUCGCAGUCAAUAUCGCUCUGGAGCGCUUCCGAUACGGGGACCAGAGAGAAAUGGAAUUUCCUUCUUCUUUGACCAGUACUGAAAGAGCCUUUAUUCAUCGAUUGAGUCAGUCUCUUGGUUUGGUCUCUAAAAGUAAAGGAAAGGGAGCAAAUAGAUACCUCACUGUGAAGAAGAAAGAUGGAUCAGAAACAGCUCAUGCAAUGAUGACCUGUAAUUUGACUCAUAAUACAAAACAUGCUGUUAGGAGUCUAAUUCAAAGAUUUCCUGUCACCAAUAAAGAGCGUACUGAACUUCUGCCUAAAACAGAAAGAGGAAAUGUGUUUGCAGUUGAAGCUGAAAACCGGGAAAUGAGCAAGACAAGUGGGCGACUCAAUAAUGGCAUACCUCAGAUUCCAGUGAAAAGAGGAGAAUCCGAAUUUGAUUCUUUCAGGCAGUCUCUGCCAGUGUUUGAGAAACAAGAAGAAAUUGUUAAGAUAAUUAAGGAAAAUAAAGUUGUUUUGAUUGUAGGAGAAACUGGGUCUGGAAAGACUACACAGAUUCCUCAGUUCCUUUUAGAUGACUGCUUUAAAAAUGGUAUCCCCUGCCGUAUAUUUUGUACUCAACCAAGACGAUUAGCAGCUAUUGCUGUGGCUGAAAGAGUUGCUGCAGAGAGAAGAGAAAGAAUUGGUCAAACAAUUGGGUAUCAGAUCCGAUUAGAAAGCAGGGUUUCUCCAAAGACACUUCUGACAUUUUGCACUAAUGGAGUAUUGCUUCGUACAUUGAUGGCAGGAGAUAGUACAUUGUCAACUGUGACACAUGUUAUUGUGGAUGAAGUACAUGAAAGGGAUCGAUUCAGUGAUUUUUUACUUACAAAGUUAAGAGAUUUGUUGCAGAAGCACCCAACUUUGAAACUAAUUCUUUCUAGUGCUGCCUUGGAUGUAAAUCUUUUUAUACGAUAUUUUGGAAGUUGUCCAGUGAUAUAUAUACAGGGAAGACCAUUUGAAGUAAAAGAAAUGUUUCUGGAAGAUAUUUUAAGAACUACUGGAUACAAAAACAAAGAAAUGUUAAAAUACAAAAAGGAAAAACAGCGAGAAGAGAAACAACAAACCACGCUUACAGAAUGGUAUUCAGCUCAAGAAAAUACUUUCAAACCUGAAUCUCAGAGGCAGAGAACUGUUCCAAAUGUGACUGAUGAGUAUGAUUUAUUAGAUGAUGGUGGUGAUGCUGUCUUCAGUCAGUUGACAGAGAAAGAUGUGAAUUGCCUUGAACCAUGGUUAAUAAAGGAAAUGGAUGCUUGUCUUUCUGAUAUAUGGCUACAUAAAGAUGUUGAUGCCUUUGCUCAGGUCUUUCACCUUAUUUUAACUGAAAAUGUUAGUGUUGAUUACAGACAUAGUGAAACCAGUGCAACAGCUCUAAUGGUUGCUGCAGGACGAGGUUUUUCAAGUCAAGUAGAGCAGUUAAUUAGCAUGGGAGCCAAUGUCCAUAGUAAAGCAUCAAAUGGCUGGAUGGCUUUAGAUUGGGCUAAACACUUUGGACAGACUGAAAUUGUGGAUCUUCUAGAAUCUUACAGUGCUUCGUUGGAAUUUGGAAAUCUGGAUGAAAGUUCUCUGGUUCAAACAAAUGGAAGUGACCUCAGUGCAGAAGACAGAGAGCUCCUGAAAGCUUAUCAUCAUAGUUUUGAUGAUGAAAAAGUAGAUUUGGAUUUGAUCAUGCAUCUUCUAUACAAUAUCUGCCAUAGUUGUGAUGCUGGUGCAAUAUUAAUUUUCCUACCUGGAUAUGAUGAAAUAGUUGGACUGAGGGAUCGCAUCCUGUUUGAUGACAAGCGGUUUGCUGACAAUACACAUAGAUAUCAAGUCUUUAUGCUUCAUUCAAAUAUGCAAACAUCUGAUCAAAAGAAGGUAUUGAAAAACCCGCCUGCAGGUGUUCGAAAAAUAAUCCUUUCCACCAAUAUUGCUGAAACCAGUAUCACAGUCAAUGACGUUGUCUUUGUUAUUGAUUCUGGUAAGGUGAAAGAGAAAUCCUUUGAUGCACUGAAUUUUGUUACAAUGUUAAAAAUGGUGUGGAUUUCCAAAGCUAGUGCCAUACAACGAAAAGGCAGGGCAGGGCGAUGUAGACCUGGAAUUUGUUUCCGGCUGUUCAGUAGACUCCGAUUCCAGAAUAUGUUGGAAUUUCAGACUCCAGAACUUUUGAGAAUGCCAUUACAGGAACUUUGUUUACAUACCAAGCUGUUAGCCCCAGUUAAUUGUCCUAUCGCUGAUUUCCUUAUGAAAGCUCCUGAGCCUCCACCAGCUUUAAUUGUAAGAAAUGCUAUACAAAUGCUUAAGACAAUAGAUGCAAUGGAUGCAUGGGAAGAUCUCACUGAACUUGGAUAUCAUUUGGCCGACUUGCCAGUAGAACCCCAUCUUGGUAAAAUGGUGCUGUGUGCUGUUGUUUUGAAGUGUCUGGACCCCAUCCUUACAAUUGCCUGCACACUAGCCUAUCGAGAUCCUUUUGUCCUGCCAACCCAGGCCUCUCAAAAACGUGCAGCUAUGCUUUGUAGGAAACGUUUUACUGCAGGAACUUUCAGUGACCAUAUGGCGCUUCUCAGAGCAUUCCAGGCAUGGCAGAAAGCACGAAGUGAUGGGUGGGAGCGAGCCUUUUGUGAAAAGAAUUUUCUUUCACAAGCUACCAUGGAAAUAAUCAUAGGCAUGAGAACCCAGUUACUUGGUCAACUUAGAGCAUCAGGUUUUGUUAGAGCACGAGGUGGUGGUGACAUUCGAGAUGUUAACACAAAUUCCGAGAACUGGGCUGUCGUUAAAGCUGCAUUGGUGGCAGGCAUGUAUCCUAAUUUAGUCCAUGUGGACAGAGAGAAUGUAGUAUUGACAGGGCCAAAGGAGAAAAAAGUACGGUUUCAUCCCACUUCAGUUCUCAGUCAGCCUCAAUAUAAAAAGAUUCCUCCAGCCAAUGGUCAAGCUGCAGCAAUUCAGGCGUUGCCCACAGAUUGGCUUAUUUAUGAUGAAAUGACCAGAGCCCAUAGAAUAGCUAAUAUUAGAUGUUGUUCAGCAGUGACACCUGUCACUGUAUUGGUAUUCUGUGGACCAGCUAGGUUGGCAAGUACUGCUCUUCAAGAACCUUCAUCCUUUCGAGCGGAUGGUGUUUCUAAUGACGGUAGUGAUAGUGAAAUGGAAGAUAGAACAACUGCUAAUUUGGCAGCUUUGAAACUUGAUGAGUGGCUCAAUUUCAAACUAGAGCCUGAGGCAGCCAGUUUAUUGCUGCAGCUCAGACAGAAGUGGCACAGCUUAUUUUUACGCCGAAUGAGAGCUCCGUCUAAACCGUGGUCUCAAGUUGAUGAAGCUACCAUAAGAGCUAUUAUAGCUGUUUUAAGCACUGAAGAACAGUCUGCAGGUUUACAACAACCAUCUGGAAUUGGCCAAAGGCCAAGGCCUAUGUCUUCAGAAGAACUUCCUUUGGCAUCAUCUUGGAGAUCAAAUAAUAGUAGGAAAAGUUCAGCAGAUACUGAAUUUUCUGAUGAGUCUACUACUGCAGAAAGAGUAUUGAUGAAAUCUCCAUCUCCAGCACUACACCCACCUCAGAAGUACAAAGAUAGAGGAAUUUUACAUCCUAAACGAAGCACUGAUGAUCGAUCAGAUCAAUCUUCUGUGAAAUCUGCAGACAGCAGUAGCUACCCAAGUCCUUGUGCUAGUCCUUCUCCGCCGUCCUCAGGAAAGGGCUCAAAAUCUCCUUCACCAAGACCAAACAUGCCUAUUCGAUACUUCAUAAUGAAGAGUAGCAAUUUGAGAAACCUUGAAAUUUCUCAACAGAAGGGUAUCUGGUCUACAACCCCUAGUAAUGAGCGGAAGUUAAAUCGAGCCUUUUGGGAAAGCAGCAUGGUUUACUUGAUAUUUUCUGUUCAAGGAUCUGGACAUUUCCAGGGAUUUUCUAGGAUGUCUUCUGAGAUAGGAAGGGAGAAGAGCCAGGACUGGGGCUCAGCUGGAUUAGGAGGAGUGUUUAAGGUGGAGUGGAUACGAAAAGAAAGUCUUCCCUUUCAGUUUGCACACCAUUUACUCAAUCCUUGGAAUGACAACAAGAAAGUCCAGAUAAGCAGAGAUGGGCAGGAACUAGAGCCCCAGGUUGGUGAACAGUUGCUCCAGUUAUGGGAACGCCUUCCAUUGGGAGAAAAAAACACAACUGAUUGACACUCAGAACUCUUAGCUGCGGAAGAACAUCAUGCCUGUUUAUAACCACUGAAUGCACUGACUUCCAAAAACUGAGAUGGGGUUGUGUGUUAUGAAUGGGCUUUUCUGGUUUAGAGUGUUGCUUUAGGACCACCAUCUUCAUAUAAAAUAGAAAAGGAUAGCUUUAGUUUUUAUAGUGAUCAUAGGGAAUGAUUAUGUAAUGUUUGUCAAUAUGUUUAUAAUUGAAUAAAAUAGUAGUAGUUUCAUUAUUUGACACAACAGCAGUUAUUUUAAACAUAAUUUGAAGUUAAACAUUUAAUUUGUUUAAAACAUUGACUUAUAACUCUUAUUUAGGAUUUUUUUUAAUGCAAAUUAAAUUUUUUAUUUUAAGAAAGGCCUGAAUAUAUCAAUACAUCUGAGCACUAUUUUAGAAGAGUCAACUCUUAAGAUUUAUCAUUAAAAAACAAACAAGCAAACAACCAAAUUCUAAAAAUAUCCCUUUUCAAAAUAGUGUGGGCUGAUUAAGGACUAUUCAUUCUGCUAUUUUUAACCUGAGACACAUUAAGAAAAAAAAGGAGGGUUGUUCUUUUUCUGUGAUUAUGAAAUGCAGUAAAAUCUGAAGAAAGGCCGAGUUUCUCUCUGUCUUUGAUCAGAUCAGAUUCAGUGUUUAGUUUUAUUCCUGGUCCGGCGUCUUUUAACCUGAUGUGUACCAUACUCCUUCUUUCUUUCCGUGUUACAGCCUUCACACAUCUCUUAUAUGAGCACAGUAAUUAUGACCUCUUUGUUUUGGCUAGGGAAACUUGAUUUAGACAAGUUGAGAAAUUAAACAAGUUAUACAAGUUAAAAAAAGUGCUCAACAGUUAGUGGUAGCUUGGUUGCUGUAUGUCUCCCAAACUGAAGUCCACAAGCACUGCAAAUCUAAAUGCCUUCUAUGUGUUUUCUAGUACUUUUUAUCCUUUACAUAUGUUUUUGGAUAUGAUUUCACUUGUUUUGUACUUAUGGUUUAGUAAACAGGGUAAUUUUUUUGUACACCUGUAUUAGUGCCAACUUUCAUAUUUCUUUGCCAUCUCAGAAUUAUUUGGUUUGAUCUCUUUACCACCGUUGUCUAUAAAGUUUCCUAAGAAGGGGAAUAGAAAUACAGCGAAAAAUGAAAGAAAUAUCUUGGUUACUGAGCUCUAAAUAGAACAAGUUUGGUAGCACAUGUCAUGAUACAUUUGGGUCAUUGCUAUAUAACAAAAAACCAACAUGAAUCUAAUUUAAAGACAAAAACAACCUAAGUCCUUUGCUUCUGUAUUUGAGAACAAAGAAGC